ACAAAUUUUUUUUUUCGCUUCGAUAUUUGUUUACGUUUUUCAGUCGUUGAAUCUGCGAAAAAUAUUUGAAAAAUGGCCUCUACGCUUGAUAGUUAUGUGAAUCAUACGGUGUCAAUAAUUACUGCUGAUGGAAGAAAUAUUGUGGGAACUCUGAAGGGGUUCGAUCAGACCAUCAAUUUGAUCCUGGAUGAGAGCCAUGAAAGGGUCUAUAGCUCCUCCCAAGGCAUUGAGCAGGUUGUCUUGGGUCUUUACAUAGUCAGAGGAGACAAUGUUGCUGUAGUUGGAGAAGUAGAUGAUGAACUGGAUGCAAGACUAGAUUUGACCAACAUCAAAGCAGAGCCUCUGAAUCCUGUCAUCCACUGAGUCAAUCACAUUGUUUUUACCUUGUAUAUAAAUGUUUUAUAAUGUUUCGAACUCUCAAAAUGUUUUAUACAGCAUAUGAUUCAUGAAUGGGGUUGUUUCCUUCAGUCACAAGUAGUACUUUUGUCACUGAAAUUGAUAGAAUAAGCAAAAAAAAAAAAACAUGGACCCAGAAAAUACUUUCAUUUUCUCAACAGUUAUUUUUAAUUAAUUUUUUAAAAUGUCUGAUUUUCCAUACAAGGCAUAGUCUUGAUGACGUCACAAAUGAUGCUCUUUGGCGCAUUUUUCUACCACGUUUUGAUAAUCAAGAAGCAAAUUAAAAUUGCGCUCUACUCUUGCUAUCAACCAUAUUGUUGCCCAUACACGUAAGUAAUUUUGCUCUGUGAAUGGCAACACUGAAUUCAUCAUCAUUUGUGAUGUCAUCCGCAGAAGCGUUAAACAAUAAAAGCGCAUCAAUUUAAGUAUUUUUUUUUAAUAUUAAACUUAAACAAAUUAUUUAAAACAUGGUCAGAUCCUAUGUUUUAAGCAUGCUCUUUCAGAAAAAAAUACUUUUAAAAUUUUGAAAACGACCCCAUUGUCAUACAUUCAUUGAUUAAUAAAGUCAUCCUU